AUGCCGAAGAACACUGGAGAAGCACUGGCAACCGUUCUUCUCCUCAUCGUCGUCCUACUCGUUCCUGAAACGAAUUCCGCUCGAAAGACCACCACAAGGAAGCCGAUGACAACGACUACCGUUGACGUCGGCCUCUACGUCUACGACGACUAUACUGACGAAGGCAUGGGAAACUCGCAAUCGGCUCGCCUGAUUGCCGACCAAAUCGCGUAUGGAGUGAUCAGUUGUGUGACUGUUGGAGUCCUCAUUGUGAUGAUCUAUCUCUCCUUAUUUGGACAAAGAAUUCGCUCGACUGCAAUCCGUUGGCACGUGCUUAAUUGUAGUGCUUGGGGAAUAUUACACUUGAUCUCGUAUGCCUCAUUUGCCGAAAAAGCACCGUGGCCGAAUUAUAUUACGAAUCAGGAUUGGAGAAAUACCGCGAAACAAGUUGAAUGUUUCACUCGCUCGGUGUUUCCGGCAGGAAUGAUUUUCGUUUACGUCGAAUCGAUUCUUCUCACAAAUGUUCCGAAACUCGCAAACAAUCUGUUUUUCAACUUCAUCUUCUUCUUCCUCCUCAUUCCACUUCUCAAUUUCAUCAUGGUCUUCUGCUACCAUGCUCACUACAUGGAUGUCGUCUGGUUCUACGAGCCCAUGGAUAUGUUCAACCUGGUCACAUACGUCCUGUUCGUUGUGUUCACAUUAAUUUAUUUCAUUUGGUGUCUCAUCGGAUCAUGCAUGUGCUGUGCGACAAUUGCUGCCAAAAAUCCAGGCCCGAGAUCUGUUUCGACUUACGCGGAUAUGUGGCUUCUGUUCCCCUAUGGCCUCGUUCCUUCGAUUAUGUACGGACCAUCGUUUGGAAUGACCGCUGUCGGAUUUGCCAUGAAGCAUUUGCUUACCUGGGUUCUCGAGAGCGGCUUGCUCGGCGGAGGAGGUGGCGGAGGAAGUGCUCACAUGGAUCUUCUGAUUCAAGUGAUGACAAAUGCAAUUCUCGCAAUGCCUUGGUUCGUUCUUCUCUUCCCAUUGGUCCAAUCGAUUCUCACCCUUCUCUGCAUCCGAAUGUACCGUGAACAGCUGUUCUUCAUGCUUUCCUGCGGACGUGUCUAUGAAGGACCAAAGCACAAAAUCGGUCAAUCGAGUGCCAAAAACGAAUGGGCUUCAUCUUCUGUUGGACCACCGCCGCUCUACCCAGUUUCCGAAAAAGUUGAUUAA